GGUUCCUAUGUCUGGUGGGGUUCGGUUCGUGGAUGUUUCACAUGACGCUCAAGUAUGAGAUGCAACUGUUUGACGAGUUGCCGAUGCUUUGGGGCAGUCUUAUGCUCGUCUAUUGCAUACUAACACUGCUCUACCCGUCGAUCGACGCGUCGCCGACGGCCACAGCGGCCACCAAACUGGCACUCGUGGCCUACGGCGUGGUCUCCACUUUGGCCUAUCUAUUGCUGAAGACACCGCUGCUCUUCCAGUGUUCGUACGGCUUUCUGGUCACACUUAUGCUGUAUCUGGAUAUCUGUGUCGCCAAAUACAAGCCCUGCGAUCGCCGUAUCUUCUAUUGGGCGGCAUUUUUCUACUAUUCCGGUUUUGCCCUCUGGAACAUCGACAACAUAUUCUGCGACAAAUUGUCUCUUUUGCGCCAAUUCUUGCCCGCAUUUCUCGUGCCUUUCACUCAAUUACACGCCCUCUGGCACUGUCUGGCCGGCUAUGGCUCGUAUCUGCACAUUGUGUUCACCGCUCACUCCCGAGCCCUCACCCGAGACCAGGAGGUGGACCUGAUCUGGUGCUGGCACGGGAUCGUACUCUCCAACCGACAGCACUUCAAGAAAGUUGUUUAACGCCACGCCUUGUCUUAAACAACACAUUAAUUAUUCAUUCAUUUAGUUAUUCAUUUGAUUUGAGUUUUAUCUAAUUUAUU